GGUCUCCGGCCCAGACGCCCAAUUUCAUAUCCGUCGUGACCGUUUUCCGGUUGACUGAUCGAAGGCGCACACACACUACACCGAGCAAAGCGAGCACUGAGUUUCUCAGCCUUAGACUCGCUUCUCAUUGUUACCUGAAAAUACCUAAAUCCCCAUAUGCGUCUGCGAAUUUGGGUUCACAUUAAACCCUAGCAAUUUGAAAAUGACUGGAAAUGGCCGAAGAAAUGCUCGGAGCAGAAUCAAACCCGCCGCGGAAGCCAACGAGGACAGCGCUUCUCUCCGCAACACAAAACCAAACCCGAAAGCACGUAAAGGCAGGAGCAGAGAUCAUAGCUUCAUUCGUAUUUUCGACGUUAAUCUGAAAGUCGUGUUCGUGCUCAGCGUUUUCGCGUUCUUAGCGAUCUUCUUUCUGAUUCGUCAUCUUGUAAAUCCAGCUGAAGAAGCUUCGAGACCUAGGGUUGUUACGCCGUUUCCGGCGCCAAAAGUCAUGGACCUUCCUCAGUUCCAAGGCGAGCACAGAGAGAGCUUGUAUUGGGGAACCUAUCGCCCUCACGUUUAUCUCGGGAUUCGUGCGAGGACUCCACGGUCUCUGAUUGCUGGGUUGAUGUGGCUUGGUGUAAAGGAUGGAAGAUAUUUCAUGAGACAUGUCUGCCAAGAUUCUGAUGUGCUAAGCACAUAUGGUUGGACGCAUCAUAAUGGACGUGUUGGACACCAAGUUCUGGUUGACCAGGACAUGACCUUGGCAACAAGUUUCUUGAAAUCAAAGGUUGAUGGCAGUGGCUAUGGAGGAGAUUGGGCUGUUCAGAUUGAUGUUCAAAGUGAGCAAUCUAAGUGGAAUGAGGACAUUGGGGGAACUGCACAUAUAUUUUUCUAUAUGGCUGAUGAAGAUGGCAACGCUCUAAGUUUGAGUAGAGAUAUCUUGGACAUUCGUGAGGAUUCUCUCCUUGCAUCAGGUUCACGAAUGGAUGUUGGAGAUUGGCAGCUUCAUUUAAAAUCAAAGGACAAUUUGGAAGUACAUUAUUCUGGUUUUAAGACAAAUCACAUUCACAAUUUAUCUGAUCUUGUCCUGGGAAACCUUGGAGCACAAGCAAGGAAGUUUGGUUGGCUGAAGCUAUCAGACACAUCUGAUCAUUCUCCAAAUCUUAUAAUUUUCCAGAUUUCUGCUCGGAUUCCUUUCAAAGCGGAUAUUGUGUUUGUCUCUGGAACUGGUUUGCAAAGCUCAAGAGUUGAAGAACGUGUCAGCAGCCUUACAGGUACCUUACUGACUGAUCAGUUGAAAGAGAAGCAAAGAGAAAUUGACGCUAAAUUUGAGAAGAGCUUUAACCUGGCUGACAAGCUCGAUUCUGAAUCUGUGAUUGUUGGUAAGGCUGCUGUUGGAAACUUGUUGGGUGGCAUAGGCUAUUCCUAUGGCCAGUCAAAAAUUUCACUCCCAAGGGACCCAAAUCUUGGAGGUCUUGAUAAUGUUAUUUCAUAUUGGCCAGCUGAGCUUUACACAGCUGUUCCAAGUCGACCCUUCUUCCCAAGGGGAUUUUUAUGGGAUGAAGGUUUUCAUCAGCUGCUGAUCUGGCGUUGGGAUAUUCACAUUUGCUUGGAUAUCAUUGGACACUGGUUAGAUCUAAUGAAUGUUGAUGGAUGGAUUCCAUGUGAGCAAAUUUUGGGUGCUGAAGCUCUAAGUAAGGUUCCAGAGGAAUUUGUUCCCCAACAUCCCACUAAUGGAAAUCCACCUACUCUGUUUUUAGUGUUACGUGAUAUUGUUCAUAGCUUAAAGAAAAACAAGUUUACUGCCACCGAAAGCAAUGAGGUCUCUUCAUUUCUAGAACGGGCUUUUGUUCGCCUUGAAGCCUGGUUCCAAUGGUUCAAUACUACCCAGUCAGGAAACGAUAAGACCAGCUAUUAUUGGCACGGGAGGGACAGUACAACAACGCGUGAACUAAAUCCAAAGGUUGAGAGCGUUCCUUCACUUCAUGCUGCAACCUCUUUUCCUCUGUCCUCUGGGUUGGAUGAUUAUCCACGUGCUUCACACCCAAGUGAAGAUGAACGUCACUUGGAUCUUAGAUGCUGGAUGUAUCUUGCAGCAGAAUGCAUGCAUUCCACUGCAGAGCUUUUUGAUAAGGAUAAUAAACCUGGAAAGGAUUAUGGUAAAACAGCUAAGCUGCUCUCAGAUUUUGAAAUUCUGAAUCACCUGCACUUUGAUGAGGCAUACGGAGCUUUUUUUGAUUUUGGAAAUCAUACUGAAAAGGUUCGCUUAAGUUGGAAAGAGAAGAAGAUAGGAGACAAUUAUGCAAAUCGAGAGCUCGUGCGCGAAGUGUUAGAAAGGCCUCAGUUGAGACUGGUUCCUCAUGUUGGUUAUGUCAGUCUUUUCCCAUUUAUUGGGAGGCUUAUUCCACCUGGAUCAUGGAUUCUGAAAAAACAGCUUGACCUCAUCUCAAACCAAAGUAUCCUAUGGACAGACUAUGGGCUCCGUUCUCUUGCCAAAACAAGCUCAGUAUACAUGAAACGCAACACAGAGCAUGACCCACCUUAUUGGAGAGGUCCAAUUUGGAUGAACAUAAAUUACAUGAUUCUUUCACUCCACCAUUACUCUAAAGAAGAUGGACCAUAUAAGGACAGAGCCAAAGCCACCUAUGAUGAGCUGAGGAGCAAUUUGAUUAGAAAUGUGGUUCGCAAUCGUUGCAACACUGGGUUUUUGUGGGAACAGUAUGAUCAGAAGAAAGGCAAGGGAAAAGGUGCACGGCUUUUUACGGGUUGGACAUCACGUGUGCUAUUAAUCAUGGCAGAAGCUUAUGAAGAAAGUUAGGACACAUUAUUUAAGAAUUGUUAAAUAUGAAUUUAUGAUUAGAUUCCAUCCUUUUAAAAAAAUUAAAUGUUAAGAAUAUGGAAAGUCUUUAAAUAUUGUAUUCAUAUUUAUAAGUUUCUAUUUUUUCUCUCUA